AUGAUGAUGCAAGCCGUGAGUUUUUUGACAAGAACGACUCUGGUGCAAGAGAGGACGACCCAUGGGUCUAUGGCAACGACCCAUGGCAAAGAGACUGGCAUGGACGCUACGAUGAUGGUGGCGGAAGCCGUUACCACAGAUGGAACGACGGCAGAGAUGACGGACAUCGCGUACAUGACCAUGGAGGAUUCCGAGGCGCUCCCUGGGCAGAUGGUCGAGACAAAGGGUUUAGAGGGCUCGAUUCAGGAGGCGUUCAGUGGGAUCCCAAGGCUGAUGGUAGAGAUUACGGACAUCACGUACAUGACCGUGGAGGAUUCCAAGGUGCUCCCUGGGCAGAUGGUCGAGACGGUAGCUUUAGGUUACAUGAUCAAGGGGAUCCUCAUCGCUGGAUUGACUCCUAUGUGGGAGGUUCGGAUUCCGGGUCUCGUUCUGAAGGGUGGCAAAGCUAUGGUGGGUGGCAACCAGACCAAGGGUCACAGUCUGGGUGGACUAACUGGAACUCCGAAGACAACGGCAAAGGACUCCGACGACUUGGGCAACUCCGCGAGGUCGUACCUCCGCCAGAUUGAGGAGCUCUCGGUUGCAAAGCUCAGUACCAAUGGCGGGCUGCAGUAUUUCACUAGCUGGGUUGCCGCGAGGUUCUUGGACUUGGAGGUGGCACGGAUUGGCCGGGCUUUCUCUGACUUCUUCAGGAAGCUCAGGAGGAAGCCGGGACAGACGAUCCGCGAGUACAACACGGAGUACGACCGGCUCCACGGGAGGUUGCGCGAGGUAGGCUGUUCUCUGCCGGAGGAGUGCGCGGCCUGGCUCUACUUAGAUCGGCUGCAGCUGGAGGAGGCACAAGAGUUGAAUCUGCUCGCCAGCGUAGGGAAUCGGUACAGCCUACAUCAUCUACAACACGCCGCCGUUCUUCACGACAGGGGCCAGAGAAAGCCCUGGGAGGCUGGCGGAGGCAAGCCGAGACGCCCGAACUUCGCCCACGUGACGGACCACGCGGGCGAGUCCGACGAGGAGGAGCUCUUUGACGGCGAGGAGGCGAUACCCGAGGACGUGGCCGAGGCGUACAUGACCUACCAGUCCGCCAAGGAGCGCUACAGGACCCAACAGAGGAGCCGUGGGACCACCAGCGGAGGACAAGGCGACGGCGGAGAAAGGGCACCGAAGGGCGACGGGCAAUCUGGAGACCGCAAGGCUGGAGAUGGAGGACGUGACGGUGAUCGCGAGGCCAAGCUCAAAGCGAUGAAAGCCCGGAGCUUUUGCGGAGGCUGCGGAAGACGCGGUCACUGGCAUCGCGACGAUGCCUGUCCUUUGAACCGCGGCGGAGACAAGGGCAAAGCGGAUCAGAGCGCGAGCGUUGCCAUGACUACGGUGCUGCCGGCGGACGUCUACGCCUUGAAACACCUGCCCAGCCGAUUGCUGGGGGUCGCCGACACGGCUUGCGCGAGGACAGUGGCCGGUACGCAGUGGCUGCAGUCCUACACGGACCUCCUCAACGAGCUCGGGGAGAAGCCAGUCCUGCAGAAAGAGUGCGAGGCCUACCGGUUCGGGGCGGGGAAAGUGCACUACUCUUCGUUCUAUGUUGUUGUGGCUUUUCGACUCGGCAACUACAACAUCCAAGUGCGCACAUCCAUCAUCACCGGGGAUCUGCCAUUGCUGCUCAGCAAAACAGUCCUUGGAAAGCUAGGUAUGGUGUACGAUGUACAGAAUGGCAGGGCUGACUUCAAGGCCAUCGACCUCAAGGACUACGAGCUGACUACCACUACUUCGGGGCACCCAGCCCUACCGAUCGUUCCUGUCAGUGCUUUGUCUGGCGAAAAGUCAGACUUACAGAUCGAGGACCUCAGACUGCAGACCGCUGAGCAAUACACGUCCGUUUUUGCAGUAGCUCACCAAGGCCCUCAAGCCCCGAAGUAUACCGGUAUCUUCUACGAGAAGAAACUCGACCCGAGCACCCGCACCAUGUUGAGUCAGGAUGUUCUGCAGCGAGAUGUCUUUGUUGCAUGGUGGGAACAGGCAAACAACGAUCGGGACUUUUGGGUUGAGACUCCGGAUACAUGGGUGAGGGUACACGUGGUCAAAUUGCCCAACCUUCUCAACCGCUGCUGUGGGUUGGAAGGACUGUCUUCUACAAGGUAUCAGCCCCAGGCCCACACGAUCGCGCUCCCGACCACGGGCAUGGACUCCGAGCAAUGCCAGGCGCGACCAGUGCCGGUGAGUCGCAUGACAAAGCCCCAGUUGCUCUCGGAAGCAGUGCGCGUGGGAGCAACGGUGCACCACUCAUGGUCAGUGGUGGAACUUCGGGCCACGAUUCGCGACCACAUGGACACCUACCACGAGAAGACCGCAGCGCAGAAGAUGCAAGGAUUGAGUUCCAUGAAGCGCGAAGAGCUUGUGGCCAAGGCGAAGGAGAUGGGUGUGAUGGUCCCCGACCGCAUCACCAAAGGGAACCUGUUGAGGAUGAUACGGACUACGGUGUCCACGACGGGCGACACAGUGAUGACCAUCGGGCGGUGGAAGGGCUCACUCUACAGGGAGAUUCCCCGCGACUACGCCCGGUGGGCCCUCGAGGAGACCACCCGGACGAGCAAUUCGUCACCAGAGCUCGCGAUGUUUGCGAGAUGGUGGGAGACGCAGCAGAUGGACAAGGCCAACAAGACCGAGAUCCCCGAGGAGGAGAGCGACUACGAGAACUCGGCGAGCGGCUACCGCCGCCCAACGUCAUCGAGGGGGUCUGCAAGCGAGAACCCGGCGAACAUCCACCGCACUUCAACGCCAUCGAGGGGGUCUGCGAGCGAGAACCCAGCGAACAUCCGCGGCACUUCAACGCCAUCGAGGGGGUCAUGGGACAAGGUGAGCAUCAUGGACGUCCAGAGCAACGUGAAUUACACAGGCAAAGGGAACACCAAGGCCACGCCCAAGCGCAACAGUGCCGAGACGGUCGAGACAGGGAUCAUGGACUCACAGCCAGACCCAGAGACGCUGGCGGAGAUACAAGCGCUCGAGACGAAGCUCGCAAUCCUGAAGGACAAGGCGAGGAGCUCCCGGCCAUGA